UCAUGUCUAAUCUUAACAAUGCACUUUGCAUCGAAAGCGGCCAGAGCACCGACUUGUCACUCUUGCAAAAGGAUACUCUUCAGGACGGUGGAUUAAGCCAGCUGUUGGAUUACAAUGCGGAAAUGGAAAGGUACAGGUCAUUUGCAAACUUUUACAAAUGCAAUGGGGCAUUUCCACAGACUGCUAAGAUCGCCCGCAUAACGACACCGAUUUUCCCCAGCGCCAGAAUCGGCGUGUCCCCUUGGAACUGUGAUAACGGCAUGCUCUGGGGAAGGAAAUCAGCAGCAAUAAACCCUAAUAGGACCGGCAUGCAUAGAAAUGACUCCCAGAGGCCGGGGAAACCUGGCGUGCCGCCAGAGACGCUGCAAAUGGCAAAUAAUAAUUUCCUCUCCAGCUUAUCCCCCGAACACUGCAGACCUUUAGCUGGAGAAUGCAUGAACAAGCUGAAAUGCGGUGCUCCCGAAGCAGAGAUAAUGAAUCUCCAGGAACGUGUUGGAACUUUUUCCGCUAUUCCGGCUUUAGGGGGCAUCUCAUUACCUCCCGGGGUCAUCGUCAUGACAGCCCUUCACUCCCCCGCAGCCUCAGCAGCCGUUACAGACAGUGCGUUUCAAAUUGCCAAUCUGGCAGACUGCCCACAGAAUAAUUCCUCCGCAUCCAGCGGGAACCCGGCGAAAAAGAAAAGGAAAAGGUGUGGGGUCUGCACGCCUUGCAGGAGGCUAAUCAACUGUGGAGUGUGCAGCAGUUGUCGGAACCGUAAGACGGGUCACCAGAUCUGCAAGUUUCGGAAAUGCGAGGAGCUCAAAAAGAAGCCUGGCUCAUUGCUAGAGAGAACGGCAGUAAACACCGGGGAAGCGUUUCGAUGGUUCUUUUAG